AAAUUUGUAGGAAAAUCAUGUGCCUGAACUAUACAACAUUUUGACUUGAUGUUGAUCGUCAGUUGUAAUGGAAAUAUAUUUACAGUGUUGUUUAAAACUAUAUACACAACUAAACACAAGUAAUGUGGAAUGACCGGUUACGCUACACAUCCACGCAGUAGUAAAGUCUACGGAGCACAAGCAAACUACAUACGAAAACCAAGGUCCGAUUUUGACACUUUGCCAAGUAGAUAUACCUCCACUAGUUCAAGGUUGGAACUUUCAAACAUUGGAAGUGGAUCCAGAAACCUCAUUGGUGAUAGACCUAAUGAUUCAACUUAUAGUUAUAACAGCUAUUUAUCAAAUUCCAACGAUUUGGUGAGACCAGCAACCAGACAUAGAGGUUCGAGUCUUCGUGUGUCUUCUGGUUACAACAGCGACACUGAUUACAAAUAUUCAUCAUCAGAAUCACGUCGAAGAACCAAAAGGAUUUCUUACACUUCCAACUUUAAUUUAAGUUCAUCUUCUAGAGAGAAACAUCUACCAAACACCAUGGUUGCUACCGAUACAUCUUCAUGUUCUACCCCCUUGAAGAGUGAUCACUCGCAAAGUUUAAGGCUUGAAAAAAAAGACCUAGUAACAAUGGAUGGUCAGCCAUACAAAGAACCAUAUGUCCCCUCUUUUAGUGGAAGUCCAAAGAGAAGCACACCAUCACCGAGUCGUUCAUUGGGGAAAGAAAGUGGUGGGAAUGUUGGUUUAAGGAAUAUUGGAAAUACGUGUUUCAUGAAUUCAAUUCUCCAAUGUUUAUCUAACACCACCAUACUACGUGAAUACUGCAUGGACGAAACAUACAAAGGUGAAAUUAAUAGGAAUUCUCCAAUGAAAGGCGAUCUUAUGAGAGCCUUUGUUGAAGUUUUGGUUCGUCUGUGGAAACCAAAUGGAAUCUCACACAGCCCCAACAAUUUCAAGUCGAAAAUUCAAAAAUUUUCACCACGGUUUAUGGGAUACGAGCAACAAGAUUGUCAGGAGUUUCUUCGCUUUUUAUUGGAGGGAUUGCAUGAAGAUAUAAACCGUGUACGCAUCAAAUCUAAAGAACCGUUGCGUGAACUGUCACAUUUAAGUCCCCAGGAAAAAGCUCGUGCGACUUGGUCAUGGUAUACAACCAAAGACGACAGUUUUAUAUUCGAUUUAUUCGUUGGCCAGCUUGAAUCGUCAUUAGAAUGCCAAGAAUGCCGCCAUACGUCACUCACUUAUGACCCGUUCUGGGACCUUUCGCUGCCCAUAUCUAAGAAAAUGUAUUCCAACGAAGUGACCACAAUUACUGAUUGUUUGGACAACUUUACUAGGGAAGAAACUUUGGAUAAAGACGAAAAACCGAUUUGCGAAAGAUGCAAAGUUCGUAGGACCAUGACAAAGAAACUUUCAAUACACAAGUUUCCCAAAGUUCUUGUCUUACAUUUGAAACGUUUCAACGAAGGAAGCAGGUAUCGACAGAAGUUGAACAAUUUGGUCAAGUUUCCAGUGACGUCACUCAACUUACGAAAUUUCGCUUCGAAAACUCGCGAAGGUAACUUGCCGCCCACUUAUGAUCUAUAUGCUGUAUCUAAUCACUGUGGAUCAUGCUACGGUGGACAUUACACAGCGUAUUGCUACAACUCAUCAUCACAUGCUUGGUUAGAAUACAAUGAUUCCAGUGUGAAUCCUAUCAGUGAUGGUGACGUGUGCACAAAAGAAGCUUAUGUGUUGUUCUAUGUGCGGAAAGAAGGAAGCUCUCGUCUCUAGCUCAAAUUUGAAAUCAUUACCUUGCAUGGCCACAGUAUACCAACACCGAUAAAGCAUAUACGUCACUGAGGUCACUCCACAAUGUGUAGAACAUUGCACUUUAGAAUACUUCAUUCAAAAUCUUACCAAAUUUAUAACAUUAUAUAUAAAAUUUUGUCUUAUCUCUUAUCGAAUCAUUUAUUUUAAAUUGGGAACUCGACCCCCAACCAAACAUGCCAUGACCACCCGCUCUUACUUGGUUACAACAUUUGUCUGUAUUCGUACCACUUGGUGGCGACACGGAGUAGCCGUUGUUAAUUCACUCACGCGCUAAUAGUUUGCCGGUGCUUUUAGUUGAACUGUUUCUACACUGAAGUUAUUAAACUUUUAUGCAUCCAAUGUACUUAUCCUACCACGUACUAUCCCGUUUGUAUGCAAAUGUACAUAAAAAGAGUGUGUUUUAUAGAAAGUAUUUAUUAAAUUAUUUCCCUAAGGAACGUGCUAGUUACAGCGAAACUGUCUUUUUAAAUGUGUUUUUACACUGUAAUGUGUUUUUAUUUUAUCAAAAAAUCGGUUUUCUUUUUGUGACAACCGACUUUUUAAUAGCUUGUACAAUUUUCACUUGCGCAUGUCAAUCGGAAAGUUAACGCACGUAUUUGCACAUCAAAACUAAAGUUGCUUGACAAUGCACACAGUAUUAAUAAACUUUACGAACUAU